GAAGCCUGCAAGAAUCAGAUGAACCUGCAGCCCGUGUCCAGGAACGCAAGCUCCUGGCUCAACAUCGCCGGCAUGGACGAGGAAACGGGCUCGCCGGGUGCGGGGAGCCUGUGGCUCGCAGACAACAGCAGCGCCAAGCACUGGCUUUAUCUGGACCUCGGCGAGAAGAAGAAAGUCACAGAGAUCAUAACUGCAGGUUCUGCACAGUUGGGCUGGUUCGUCCGAACGUACAGGGUAGAGCACAGGGAGAGGAACCGCUGGAAGUCCUACACACAGAACAACGGCUCCAAGGACGUGGACGUGGUGUUUGAGGGAGAUGAAGAUGGCCACCCGUCCCGGAACACCUUCCACCCACCCCUCGUGACCCGGUAUCUGCGUAUCAUCCCGCUCAGUUGGCACCGGCAGGUGGCCAUGACAGUGGAACUACAUGGCUGUCCUUACGUCAAAGCAAACUCAUCUGAACCAGAAACCCUGAAGCCCAGAAGCAAGGCGAGUGGCGAGGCGGCCGACCUGGUCAAGCUGCUCAUCAUCACUGUGCCCACAGUGCUGUGCGUGCUCAUUCUGUUUGUCGUCUUCUGUUCCUGUAAAAUGCUGCACAGGAAAAAGGCCAAAGACAAAGGCUAUGGAUCCUCAAACGACAAGAAAUCAGGCUGCUGGAAGCAGAUCAAGCAGCCUUUCGUGAGGCAUCCAUCAGGCGAGUUCACCAUCAGCUACAGCCCUGAGAAAGAGCCCAUGCAGAAGCUGGACCUGAUCACCAGCGCCAUGGCUGUGGAGUACCAGCAACCCCCGAUGAUCGGCAUGGACACCGUGACCCGGAAGGGCUCCACAUUCAGGCCCAUGGACAACGAUGUCAAAGAAGAAUCCGGCGAUGCUGUCACCCACUAUGACUACUUGCACACAGUCAAUCAGUACGCCCUGCCGCUGACCAAUCCGGAGCCGGAGUACGCCACACCUAUCAUCGAGCGCCACACCUUCCGGAAGGAUGGCUUCCUGCCCGACCCCAGCUACAGUGUCCCGGGGACUGUCCUCAGCAAAACGCCCUCCUUCACGGCUGGGAGUCAUGGCACCGGACGGGGUGACGGAGCCUAUCAGAUGCCGCAGGUUAAGGCGGAAAGGCUGAGCAGCCCAGAGGGAGUUUAUGACAAACCCAAAGUGGGCUCAUCGCCUCUGCCGAACGGCAUCAGGUCAGACUACCAGAGGCCUCAAGCGAAGCCUUUGUUAGCGAAGAGCUACUCCACACAGAGGGACUGUGUGAAGCGGGCCGACCCUGUGGCCCGCGGGCCAGAGCAGGCGGGGACCACAGGUGGAACCUGAUGGCUCAUGCUGGCCAGAUGGGACAACACCUCGAUUUUAUCCAUCUCACAGACGCCUCCCGUUCAGUUCGCCUGAGACCAUGUUUCUGACGUGCCAACAGUGCAACGGCUUUUGUUUCGUUUUCGUUGGUGUGUUUGCUUACUAGCAGUAUGACUCCAAAUCCCUCAAAAAUGGGGUGCGCUCAUUUCGUCUCCCACAGCCCCUUUAUAUUCACGUUGCCUCUGUCAGUACACGUCUUUCUGGAUGUUUUUGGAGACAGGCCUGGGCACGUAAACCUGGCUGCGAAUGUACCCCAACGUACUUUGGGGACUCUCAGCUCUUAGCAAAUGGUGUGUCAGAGGGAAUGGAUAAGCUUUUAGCUGAUACUAAGAAUAUCUGUAAAUGUGAUGUCCAGUAGUCAGCCAAUCGAAAUUUGUCGGAGCAAGAGAUUGAUUUAUGGCCUCCUUUGUUUAUUCCUUCCUGGAAUUCCCUGGAGUUCACACGGGAAUUUUGUCCAAGUGUAUCCAGUCGAAUCGUUCCUCUUUAAAGAUGGCACUCCUCAGAUAAGAUGUAGAGGAUCUGAUAGACACCAUACUAGUGGGGGGCAACGGGCGAGUGUUGGUCCGUAGGGGGAAAGUGAAGGAUUGUCCUUCGCAAUGUAUGUGGCUGCAGCGGAGACCAUGUGACCCAGCACAAGGGAAUUCCCAGGAAAAGGGCGGGGGGGGGGGUGGCCACAAUGAGCGUUUUGUCACCAGCAACGCAGGUGCCUCGGGGAAGAGGAUGGCAUGCAGGCUUAGCCAAUCAGAGGUCCUGCACAUGGAUAUUAUGGGAUGUUUUAGGAUGUUAACUGGACCACGUGAAUGUGGGGUUUUUUUUGUUUUUUUUAAAACCGUUCGGUUUAAAGAGUGAAAAUAAUUUCUAAUUUGGAUGGUUAUUUUAAUUGUGCUCAAAUUUUAAAAAUGAAUCAUUUAUUUAUCUUUUUUUUUUAUUGCGUUUUCGGACUGGUCCCAGGUAAAGGACGACUCCUUCGCUGACUGUAUAUUUACAUAUUUGUGCAGAUCGUCAUCGGCUGUAUAUUGUGAAUUGAAAAGACGUCAUUGUCACGUGCUGUGUCACUUGCACCUUUGUGCAGUUGCUGCUUGUUACUGCUCUAUGUGGAGAGAUUGGUGGGUAGGAGAGCUUUGAUUUCUGUGAAAUGUGUAAGGGGGUUGGGGGGGGGGGGUCACAUUGCAGGUAGACCUGCUUGCUCUUUCCUGUUCCCCUCAUUCCCAGUGUCUUAGUUUACAUGAAUGUGUGUGAGCUGCUCAGGACUCGAAUAAAGCUGCCAGCAGCUGAAA